CAAGACUUCGCCUGCGAGGAGGAGGCGGCUGCUGGGCGCUCCCCCGCGCUGCUGGGCGCUCGGCGCCUCCGCGGCCCCCGGUCGGAGCUCCCUCGCGCGCGCGGGGCGCGGGGCCCGGACUUGCUUCGCGGAAGGGGUCGCUGAACUAAGUGCAAGCUGGUGUGCACAGUGUCCGCGCAGGCGCCGGCCCGAGAGCUGGAGUCACCAUGGCGGCAGGAGUGGCAGCCUGGCUGCCUUUUGCGCGGGCGGCGGCCAUCGGCUGGAUGCCGGUGGCCAACUGCCCCAUGCCCCUGGCCCCGGCCGACAAGAACAAGCGGCAGGACGAACUGAUCGUGCUCAACGUGAGCGGGCGCAGGUUCCAGACCUGGCGGACCACGCUGGAGCGCUACCCGGACACGCUGCUGGGCAGCACGGAGAAGGAGUUCUUCUUCAACGAGGACACCAAGGAGUACUUCUUCGACCGGGACCCCGAGGUGUUCCGCUGCGUGCUCAACUUCUACCGCACCGGGAAGCUGCACUACCCGCGCUACGAGUGCAUCUCGGCCUACGACGACGAGCUGGCCUUCUACGGCAUCUUGCCCGAGAUCAUCGGCGACUGCUGCUACGAGGAAUACAAGGACCGCAAGCGGGAGAACGCCGAGCGGCUCAUGGACGACAACGACUCGGAGAACAACCAGGAGUCCAUGCCCUCGCUCAGCUUCCGCCAGACCAUGUGGCGGGCCUUCGAGAACCCGCACACCAGCACGCUGGCCUUGGUCUUCUACUACGUGACCGGCUUCUUCAUCGCCGUCUCGGUCAUCACCAACGUGGUGGAGACGGUGCCCUGCGGCACGGUGCCCGGCAGCAAGGAGCUGCCGUGCGGCGAGCGCUACUCCGUGGCCUUCUUUUGCCUGGACACGGCCUGCGUCAUGAUCUUCACCGUGGAGUACCUGCUGCGGCUCUUCGCCGCGCCCAGCCGCUACCGCUUCAUCCGCAGCGUCAUGAGCAUCAUCGACGUGGUGGCCAUCAUGCCCUACUACAUCGGCCUGGUCAUGACCAACAACGAGGACGUGUCGGGCGCCUUCGUCACGCUGCGCGUCUUCCGCGUCUUCCGCAUCUUCAAGUUCUCGCGCCACUCGCAGGGCCUGCGGAUCCUGGGCUACACGCUCAAGAGCUGCGCCUCCGAGCUCGGCUUCCUCCUCUUCUCCCUCACCAUGGCCAUCAUCAUCUUCGCCACUGUGAUGUUUUACGCCGAGAAGGGCUCCUCGGCCAGCAAGUUCACGAGCAUCCCCGCCUCCUUUUGGUACACCAUCGUCACCAUGACCACGCUGGGGUACGGAGACAUGGUGCCCAAGACCAUCGCCGGGAAGAUCUUUGGGUCCAUCUGCUCCCUGAGCGGCGUCCUGGUCAUCGCCCUGCCGGUCCCCGUGAUCGUCUCCAACUUCAGCCGGAUUUACCACCAGAAUCAGAGAGCGGACAAACGCAGGGCACAGAAGAAGGCCCGCCUCGCCAGGAUCCGUGUGGCCAAAACAGGCAGCUCCAACGCCUACCUGCACAGCAAGCGCAACGGGCUCCUCAACGAGGCUCUGGAGCUGAUGGGCACCCCGGAGGAGGAGCACGUGGGCAAGACCACCUCCCUCAUCGAGAGCCAGCACCACCACCUGCUGCACUGCCUGGAGAAAACCACUGGGUUGUCCUAUCUUGUGGAUGAUCCCCUGUUGUCUGUACGAACGUCCACCAUCAAGAACCACGAGUUCAUAGACGAGCAGAUGUUCGAGCAGAACUGCAUGGAGAGCUCGAUGCAGAACUACCCGUCCACGAGGAGCCCCUCGCUGUCCAGCCACCCGGGCCUCACGACCACCUGCUGCUCCCGGCGCAGCAAGAAGACCACACACCUGCCCAACUCCAACCUGCCGGCCACCCGCCUGCGCAGCAUGCAGGAGCUCAGCACGAUCCACAUCCAGGGCAGCGAGCAGCCCUCCCUCACCACCAGUCGCUCCAGCCUUAACCUGAAAGCAGACGAUGGACUGAGACCCAACUGCAGAACGUCCCAGAUCACCACAGCCAUCAUCAGCAUCCCCACGCCCCCCGCGCUCACCCCCGAGGGAGAAAGCCGGCCGCCUCCCGCCAGCCCGGGCCCCAACACGAACAUUCCUUCCAUAGCCAGCAACGUGGUCAAGGUCUCCGCCUUGUGAAACCGCUGCGCAGAGGGCCAGAGUGGGCAGUGGGGGUGAGGAAGGCUGGCGUGUCGGUGGGUGGCCACUGGGACCACUCCGUCCCCUCUCCCCCACCCCGCAGUGAUGAAAUUUGUGCCUGGGAGGAGCCGGAGGCAGCAGAGGGGCCCCGAGGUCACGG